AUGGCAGAUCCAAUUCCAGGAUCACUGGCGCCCUUCUUCUCGCUACGGCUCUUGGAAGAAUUAAUCACCUCGAUUCCAGCCGCUCUUGAGGUCGUGCCGUGGAAGACAAUCCGCCAUGUUGCAGCAGCGAUGGAAACGAGGCUGCUUCUGCUGCCGCGCACCUCAGAUGCCAGUGGUGCAAUAGCCCGAGACCCCGACUGGUUGAUGGUCUUCCUAUUGCUGAGGAUACUGGUCCAGUGCUGCUUUGCCCCGGUCUCUUCAUGGACGCGAUCUCAAGACGAAACCAAGGCGUUGAUGAGGUGCAUAUUUGGGUCGGACUUUCUCGAGAGGGAGUGGCUCUCAGCGGUCGCUCCGCAGCUCCAGUCUCCGUUGGUCGCCGUGACCAUGUUGACAACUCUCGACCUCAUUCUCACAUAUCUAGGCGAGUCCAAGGCAGCUCUGAGUCAAGCUCCUGGUAGCUUUCUAGAGGCCGCAGAGAAGGUUGUCGAAAUUGCCGAGGCGUCGAGAGAUCCUCACACCUGGACUUGUGAUGAUGUGCAGAAAGAACUGGUCAAGCUGAAGCACAGCUUGGAGACAUGCAAGUCUCUGGGGUUAGGUGUCGGAGCUGAGCAAGCGAGAUACUGGGAUUAUCUGCCGGAUGCAGAGACUCGAGCUAUCUCCAUGUUGACGGCUUCGAUUCCCUGGUAA